AUGACAGAAUUAUCAACUUAGCUUAUGAAAAUACAAGGUGGUGGAGAUACUCCAGCCCCAAGAUUUGGACAUACCUUAACGUUAAUUAGUAAAUCAAAGGCUGUAUUAUUCGGAGGUGCUAUAGGAGACUCUGGAAAGUUUAUCAUUACUAACGAAACAUAUAUCUUCGAUUACGAGUUAAAGAAAUGGAAAAAAUUAGAAUGUACUGGAGAUAUCCCUUCAUAAAGAGCAGCUCACGCAAGCUGUUAAAUAGAUAACAUGACUAUGGUCAUUUAUGGUGGAGCUGCAUCUGGAGGUGGUGGAUUGUCUAACGAUGAACUUUAUCUCCUUGACCUUAAGCAAUAUGAUUCAAAUGAUAAAUCUACUUAAAACGGACAUUAUAUCAAAGUCCCUACUUCUGGUCCUACUCCUGGUAAGAGAUAUGGCCACACAAUGGUCUACUCAAAGCCUCACUUGAUAGUCUUUGGUGGUAACACAGGAACGAUCCCAGUAAAUGAUGUUUGGGUGCUUAAUUUAGAAAAGGGUCCAUACUAAUGGUAAAAGUAAUGUAUUAACGCAGCAGAGGUACCAGCUGUUAGAGUUUAUCACUCUGCAUCUCUUUGUUAAACAGGAUCAGCAAAUGGUAUGAUGGUCGUGUUUGGUGGUAGAACAUAAGACUAGAGUCCCUUAAACGAUACUUGGGGUCUAAGAAGACACCGUAACGGUAUGUGGGAUUGGGUCUUAGCUCCUUAUAAGUAAAAUUCUGCAAUAUUACCUGUAUGUCGCUACCAGCAUAGAAUUGAGUUUAUUGGACCUUUAAUGCUUGUUAUUGGAGGUAGAACAAGUGGUGGAGAAGAAUAAGGAAAGUGUGUUGAAGUUUAUGAUACUGAGAGCAGUGAUUGGUAUAGAGUUAAUAGCUUUAAUAGAUAUAGACACUCUACAGUUGUGAUAGAUUCAACAAUGUACAUUCAUGGUGGUUUUGAGCCAGAAUUCCCUAAUAAGCCCUUAGAUUCAAUGAUUACUAUUGAUCUUAAUUAGAUAUCUUACUUAUUCCCUAAAUUAGGAAAACACCUUGGAGUGAAAGAUUUUAAUAAUAUUUUAGGUGAGAGAAAUUAAAUAGAUAAGCCUGCAUCAUCACCUUCAAAUCAAUUAAAUUAAUAGUAGUUAUAAGCUUAGUAAUAAAAUAGUAAUAUGUUUAAUUAGUAAACAUUUUCAAAAAAGUAAAUGUAAAACCAAGCUAAUCUUUUGUAACCUUAAAAUCAGAACACUAACAACACAAAAGCAUACCAAUAAACUUUAAGCAAUCAAAUGCUUGACAUUAGUAUAGGAGGUAUAUAAAAGGUUCAACUAAAGUAGCUCAACAAUGCCUAGAGAUCAUACACACCUAUAAAAUAAUAAAAGAAUAAUAAAGAAAUUCGUUUGAGUAAUUAAGUUGUAAUUGCCAGGACAUAAGAUUCAGAAAACAUGAACCAAUAUUACAAUAUGAAUAAUUAUUAAUAAUAAUAGAACUUUUAUGGAGGAAUUAAAAAAGUUAACAUUCUUGAUUUAUAAGAAGAAUCAAAAAAGCUAAUUCCAUAAAAUCAAAAUGAUCACUCUAUGAUGCUUGUCUCGCCAGUAGAUUAAAAUACAACAAGUCUUGCUGAAAUGUUUAUCAAUUCUCUUAUGAAAAAACCUGAAGAAUGGAAGCACACAGAACUUCGUUUACCUUUCAAAAAAGAAUUUAUCCUCAGAUUAUGUGAUGAAGUUUAAUAAAUAGUGUUAGAUUAACCUUCUCUGCUUCGCUUACGCAUUCCUCUUAAAAUUUUUGGUAACAUUCACGGUCGCUUCGGUGAUUUGUUGAGAUUUUUUGGUAACUUUGGUUUUCCCGUUGAUGAAGAAGGUGGAGAUAUUGAAAAGUUUGACUAUCUCUUUUUAGGAAACUAUGUAGAUCGUGGUUUUAAUUCAUUAGAAACUGUUAUCCUUUUGUUUGCCCUAAAACUAAAGUAUCCCGAUUAAAUUCACUUAAUAAGAGGUGCUCAUGAAGAAAGAAGAGUAAAUCGUCUAUUUGGUUUUGGAGAAGAAUGCGCUGUACGUUUAAAUGAAGAUAUAAAUGACCCUACUUCAGCUUAUUAAAGAAUAAACAGAGUUUUUGAUUCUCUUCCAUUGGGAGCUCUUAUUGAAGAAAAAAUUUUCUGUGUCCAUGGAGGCUUAGGUCCUCAUGUCACCCAUGUUAAUGAAAUUGUAGAUAUAAAAAGACCAGUUUCACCUUUUUCUAAUCCUGUAGUAUAUGAUCUACUUUAUUCUGAUUAUGUAGAAAACGAUCCUCUCCCUGUUUCAGAAAAUAAAGCAAAAGAUUAUUUCUCAACAGGAUAAACUUUCAAAUACUCAGAAGCUAAAGUUGAGAGAUUCCUUGAAGAAACUGGUUUAAAUAUGAUAAUCCGUUCUAAGGAGUGUGUAUUUGAUGGAUUCUCACGCAGUCAAUCAGGAAAUGUAACAACCAUCACUAGUUGUAGCGAUUACAUGGGAAAAUAUGGUAAUUCAGCUUGUUGUAUUAGAAUAAAGAAAAACUUUGCCAUAGAGCCAAAUAUUAUAUCAAGGCCUUAAUUCAGAAAUGGAAACUGGGUUGGUGCUGAAAAUCCUGUUAAAACUAACUUGUAUUUUACAGAGGAAGAACAAAAAAUACGUAGACGUUUAGCGAGUCCAUUGUAAAAGCAAUAUUGA